CGCGUCGACUUGUCCUGUGCAAGAGUCUUUAACGUACACAACUUGGUACUAUUUUUCUUACCGCAAAUCUUGGCUUUACUUCGAGAAAGAUUCCGUCUAUUGAGUUUCGUACAUUUAUGGUUGCGUACACAACGUGCAUAAAAACAAUUAUCCAUAUUUGUACGUGCAUUGUUGACUACGACUAGUUUGAUAGUUUCGGAGUUUCGAAGAGGUUAGUUUUCUGAUGACGUUUCGCUCGGGAUGCAAUAGUCGACAGUCACUUUUGGUCAAAGCAGUUUGUAUCUCGUGGUGUUGAUCGGAACGUAAGCAAAUCUUUUCUACGAUUUUGUUGACAACUGCUAUGCAUCGAUCAGGAAAAUAUCUUUGUUGAAGCCUCCUCUGUAGGGGGAAUCAGAUCAGCGACGUAAUCAUGAUACGGAUAAACAGAAAGAGAUACCGCAACAUAGAGGAGGAAUCCAGCGAAUUCAUGCCGUUGAGCAAACGAAUCAAUAAUCUUCAUAUCAAUAGUUUGUCUGGUCUACGAGAGAAUGUAAUAGACAACAGAGUGGAAAGUAUGGAAACGGAUUGGGAAAGUGGAAAUCUGAUAUCGUCACCCAGCUGUUCUCAAGGAUCAUCAUCCAGGGAUAGUUGUGGUUCUAGCCCAAGUAAUUUUACCAACGAUUACAGACCGGAUUUAGAUGCGACGGAAAAUCCUUUCUAUUACGAAAGCAACAAGUUGCUCUUUUCCUUAUAUAUGGAGCGUAUGCAGCGGAGAUUGGAUCUAUAUUGAUAAAAGUUUGCGUUAUUCUCGCUUUACUCCUGCCUACGCAAUAUCUUCUUGACAUUUGACGUCCGAAUCUUGUUACUUUAUUUGCCAUAUUUUUCUAUACAAUAUAUACCUUAACAGUUUUCAAUCUUUGUCGUUACAUCGGUUAUCUAGAUAAUAGCAAGAUACGUUAUUAUUUAUAUUGGCAAAUAAAAUAACAAAAUUUUUAUAUAAAAAUCGG